GGGCUAUAUUGUGAAAGUUUUAGUCGAGUCAGGCUGAAAAUAUUGAUUGAUAAUUUUAAAGUAAAAACAGUUAAAAAUAUGAAUUCUGCUAAAGUUAGUGAAAUGUUGAGUGAAAAGGGAAAACCUAUGUUGAUAAUCAACGGUUUUAGGUUUAACUUUCAUAAAACGUUAUCUGGAAAUGUAAAACGGUGGCAAUAUACGCAACGAGGUGGCUGUAAAUCUUUUAUAAAAACUGGAGGUUCAAACACUACCAUCAUUGACUAUUAUGAGGUUCAUAAUCACUCAGCCGAAUUAACAUCAACGUUAAAUCGCCAACAAUUAAGUAACUCGAUAAAAAGACGGGUAGUUGAAGACAUAUGUGAAAAACCAUCAACAUUAUUGCAUACGGAAUUAAAAAAGCAGGAUGUCGAAUCGUUAACCGUUAAUGAUGUGUUUUUGAUUCGAAAAAAUAUGUAUAACAACAGAAUGAAGGUGCUCCCAAAAACACCAACUUCUCUGCAAGAAGUGCUGCAGGAAACCUUAAAUAAAAUGAUGGUGGUGACACAUAAAAACGAAAACUUUUUAGUUAAAAAUGAUUUUGACACUAAUA